UGAAAUAAAGCAAAUAAAACAAAUAAAUGGCCCAAAACAGUGACCUAAAAAUGAUAAAUUGUUAAACAAAAUUUGUUCGGUUCUUGUGAUUGUUGCACAUGAAACAAAGUACGCUCGCGUCUGGGUGUAUUUACCAGACAAUAAAAGUUGUGCCUUUUGAAAUUAAAACAAACAAAUAACCCAUUAACUAAUCUCCAUAAUACAUUAUAAAUUACAAGCAUUUAGAACAUAUUGAAGAAAUAUUGAUACCUGAAAGUUUAUGCGUGUUAUUAUAUCAAGUGACGACGCUGCACAUUGACUCAUAUAAUUGCCUUCAAGGUCUCUCACCUCCGCGGAUGACUGCCUUGACUUUGUGUAUUUUCUUUGCAAACCGAAGGCAAAUAACAAUAACUACAUUGAGACCAAUUGGCCUUUGUCUAGCGAAUAUUUAGAUCUUCACACGAAAGACGUAUAUGCUAUAACAAGUGAAAAUAGAAUUGAUUUAGCAUCCAGUUGUCAAAGCAAAUAAAUUUCUCACUCAUUAAACAUUCCUUAAAAUGUGUUGCAACUGCUGCAGUGUGACGCAACGCAAAGCCUGGGUCUAUGGCUUGGGCACAGUCUUUGUCGUACUUGGUGUUCUUAUGAUUGUAAUGUGGCCAAGUUGGUCGGAAUCAAUUGUAAAUAAGAAUUUGUUAUUGGUAGAUGGCACUGAAAGCUAUGCCAGUUGGGUUGAGGCUCCCAUACCAAUUUAUCUAAGUUUCUAUAUGUUUAACUGGACAAAUCCAGAGCAGAUAAGAAAUCCCAAUGUUAAGCCAAAUUUUGUGGAAACGGGUCCGUAUGUUUAUCUGGAGAAACAUCUCAAGGGGAAUAUAACACAUCACGAGAAUGGUACGGUGUCGUAUUAUGAGAAACGUUCCUGGUUCUUUGAUGAGAAGAGAUCGAAGGGAUCCUUGGAUGAUCUGAUAACCACAGCACAUCCCAUAACAGCGACUGUUGCCGAUGAAAUGCGCCACUCCAAUAAAUUGAUCAAGAAAGUUAUCAAUUUUAUGUUGAAUCGCGAAGGCGGCAUGCUGUUUACCACACAAAAAGUUGGAGCCUCCAUUUUCACUGGCUAUGAUGAUAGGCUUAUUGAUUUCUUAAAUCUCUUCAAUACCUCCAAGAUUAAUAUACCCUAUACCAAGUUUGCUUGGUUGGCCGAUCGCAAUCAAUCGCUGGAAUAUGAUGGACGUUUCACUAUUCAUACGGGCGAAAAGGAUAUCUCAAAACUGGGUUAUUUGACUCAUUGGAAUGGCCGUAAUGAGACAGGAUUUUAUCCAGCACCAUGUGGCACUGUUAAUGGCACCACCGGUGAUUCAUUUCCCCCACACAUGGAUGUGAACGAAGAAUUGACGGUCUUUGUCACCGACACCUGCCGCUACAUGAAUCUUAAGCCCAAUGGUACACUGAAAAGAUAUGGUCUGACCGCCACCGAAUGGGUGGGCACUGAGGAAACCUUGGACUCGGGAGAAAAUUUUCCCAAUCAACAAUGCUUUUGUGAUCCCAAAAUGGAGCAGUGUCCCAAGACGGGUGUGGUGGAAUGCAAGAAGUGCCGUGACAAUGCUCCCAUCUAUGCUUCAUUCCCGCAUUUCUAUUUAGCGGACGAGUCCUAUAGAAAUGCCAUCACUGGCAUGAACCCGGAUUAUGAAAAACACAGAUUCCGCUUGGCUAUAGAGCCAAUUACAGGCAUUCCCUUACAAAUUGAUGGACGUGUGCAGAUAAAUUUAAUGAUUACACCAGAUCCUGAUUAUGAUAUCUACCGAGGAGUAAAGGAAUUCCUAUUGCCUCUAUUUUGGUUUGAACAAUCUGUGCCCUUGACCGAAGAUCUGGCCAAGAAGGCUAAGCUGGUGAUUAACUUAGAGUCCUAUGGCCGUUACUUUGGCAUUGCCUUGACCUGUUUGGGUGGAGUGUUCUUCAUUACCGGCAUAACAUUGACCUUAACCAAGAGAUGGAAACGCAGCCCCAACGAUGAUGAAGACAUGCUAACCAACUAAGUCUGUUAGUAUUAUGUAGGAGAAGAAGCCUUUGAGAAACUACUUUUUGACUCUAUUCAGGGUCUAUUUGUGUUUCUUUACGCUGCAAAUCCAAAAAUAGUUGUAACCUAAUUUUCUAAUAGUCAUCUCUCAAACACUCACAGUUCUUACAACAGUUGUCAGUAAUGUAGUCAGCCUAGAGUUAAGUCUACUACUCUGAGUGCCUUUCGUUUGGCCACACUGUGUAUACAUCCCUGAUUAUUCAUUAUUGUUAAGGAUCGUCAUUUUGUGUUUUAUGUUUUAUGUUUCGUUUUUGUUUUUUUUUUAUGUUUUAUAAACCUUGUACCAUAGUCAUAGGCUAAAGCUUUCUUAAUUGCAAUACAAAACAUUCACAUACGAUUACGUACAUAAAUUCUCCCGAUUGUGAUAGUUUUUAGUUGAUAACAAAUGUGUAAAUAUAUUUUGAAUAAAAAAAAAAAAUUUUGAAAAAAAACAGA